AUGUCCUACUACUUCACCAUCCUCUCCCCCACCGACGUCCCGCUCUUCAACCUCGCCUUCGGUACCUCCAAGAGUGGCGGCGAUGGGAUUGCGCGAUUCCGUUUCCCAGAUACAGCGCAGUACAUGAACCAGUUCAUCAUCCACUCUAGUCUGGAUAUCUUAGAGGAGGCGCAGUGGAUGAACUCGAAUAUGUACCUAAAACACAUUGACACCUACCCCCCCUCCAGCGCCUACAUAACCGCCUUCCUGACCCCCUCCGGCGCCCGCUUCCUCCUGCUCCACCAACCACCCCAACUCCCCUCCUCUUCCAACACCGCAGGCAACACCAAUAGCACCUCUUCCUCCCUCCUCGGCUCCUCAUUCUCCUCGUCUGCGGUCGGCGGCGGAAGCUCCUCCCGUGCCUCGGCGUCCAGCAUUGCUGCGAACCCGACGUCGCCGCAGACCGAGGAGGCCGUGCGCCAGUUCAUGAACGAGGUGUAUGAGAAUUAUGUGAAGACGGUUAUGAGUCCGUUUUAUCGGCAGGGUGGGGAAAUCAAGUCCCCUGUUUUCAGGGGAAGGGUUGUAGGGGCGGGGAGGAAAUGGCUUUAA